UUUCAUAUUUCUUUGGCUUCUUCCUUCUGCUUCGCUUCUUCCCCGGAUUCGGCUGUUAUCAGAAAUCCAAUUCUCUCUCUCUCUCUCACACACACAAAAGCUCCGUCUCUUGCUUUCGACGCCGUCCCGAUUCUACGAAUUUUCAUAUCUCUCUGCAAUUCUUUCUUUCUUUCUUUCUUAGUCUCUCUUUUCGCUCGUCUGUUAUGUGAAGGCACACCUUCAACAGAUCGAUGAAGGUCAUUGUUUGCUCUGAAGUUUGUGCAUUCUUGGACUAUGUCAAACUCUUCACCUGCUGAAGUUACGCCAGGGAUUUCUUAGAUCAAAGGAGUUUGUAUAUUAUCUGAUUGCAGCUUGUAGAGGCCGCAUUCAAGCAUGUUGGUGAUUUUUUUGUACCUGUUUAAUCUCUUCAGCAAUGAGAAGUGGGUUUUUAGCGACUUCUUGUGUUUUAUGCCACAUUUUAGCACUACCAUGUAUCUACCAGAAAAUGAAAACCACUGUGUUGCCAGUCUAGAAACCUCUCUUUGGAGGUUGGAAGUCUGUUGAACUAACUGAGACUUACUGUUUGCCAGAAUUUUUAACCAUGGAAAGGUAUAAAGUUAUGGAGGAGCUUGGAGAUGGUACAUGUGGCAGUGUAUAUAAAGCUAUUAAUAUGGAAACAUCUGAGAUUGUUGCAGUAAAGAAAAUGAAGAGGAAAUUCUAUUCCUGGGAAGAAUGCAUGAAUCUACGAGAAGUUAAGUCCCUUCGUAAAUUAAACCAUCCUAACAUCAUAAAGUUGAAGGAGAUUGUCAGGGAAAGCAAUGAGCUUUUCUUCAUAUUUGAUUACAUGGAAUAUAACCUGUACCAAAUAAUGAGGAGACAACAUAGGCCCUUCUCAGAGGAAGAAAUUAGAGCUUUUAUGGUGCAGGUGCUGCAAGGACUAGCACACAUGCACACAACUGGAUAUUUCCAUCGGGACUUAAAACCUGAGAAUUUGUUAGUGACAAAUGAUGUCAUCAAAAUUGCUGACUUUGGACUAGCUAGGGAAGUGUCAUCAAUGCCCCCUUUUACAGAUUAUGUUUCUACUCGGUGGUACCGAGCACCAGAAGUCUUGCUGCAGUCCUCAACGUACACUCCUGCCAUUGACAUGUGGGCUGUUGGUGCAAUCCUAGCUGAGCUUUUCACUUUGUGCCCUAUUUUUCCUGGUGAAAGUGAACUAGAUCAAUUAUACAAGAUAUGCUGUGUUCUUGGGACACCUGAUUGGACUGACUUUCCUGAAGCAAGGAAUGUUUCACUACUUAUCAAUAUUAGUUACUCAGAGAUUAUGCCUGCUAAUCUCUCAGACAUCAUUCCUAAUGCAAGCUUGGAAGCUGUAGAUCUGAUCAAGCAACUUUGUUCGUGGGAUCCAUUGAGGAGGCCAACUGCUGAACAAUCCUUGCAACAUCCAUUUUUUCAUGUUUCUCCGAGAAUUUCUCGUCCAAUAUGGGAUCCCCUUUCGUGGAAGUUAAACAGCAUGAGACCUACACCAAAUCUUGAGUUGAAGCUAUGGGACUUUGGUACUCAACCAGAUGAUUGUUUUCUUGGUUUGACCCUGGCUGUGAAACCCAGUGUGUCCAACUUGGACAUCACUUUUUUUGGGACAGAGGGAAAUGAAUAUCCAUACAUUUCCCAUAAAACAUCCAAAGGUACAGGAGAGGAUAUAUUGGUGUGCUCUGGUUUCCGGGAUAAUCCAGAACAAUCAGUUUUUUUAUCGCUGCUUUCUCCUGGUCACAAUGGAAUUACCCCACCAGUGGAGUCGUCCUUGCCAUUAUCAUUUAGUCCAAUUCCAAAUUCAACAAUUGGAGUUCCACAAUCAGCUGGAUUCACCAUCGCCUCUUUGCAGCCUCAUAUCUUAGACCGACCAUUGUUGUCCAUGUCUUCUUCCCCCUUCCAGCAGGGUCAUUGUCGUUAAGGGAUUAAAGAAGUUGCUCACAUGAUUGAAAGGAGCAAUUGUAGAGAGUAUACUUGUAAUUAUUUCCUCCCAAAAAAAGCCUACUAGGACUGUUUACAGCUUAUUUUUCCUUGAAAUUUACAUGUAAAAACACGGGUCUCCGAAGAACUUUAAAUUUGCAAGUAUAUACAUUGAGCAAAUAUCUUCCUUUUUGGUC